AAAAAAGCCACUUUCUCUCAAACCCCUUCACAUCAUGACAUUAUAAAUAUCUGUAAAUAAAUAUUUAAUGUGUGUGUAUAUAACAAGAAGGUUCUUCCAAGUUCAAAGUAUCCAAACUAUUUCUUCACGGCAUCCACACGAAGAGAAAGAGAGGGAAACAGAAGGUCGAAAGAAGCAUGGAAAUAGAGAAGAAAAGUAGCAUAGUUAAUAGUAAAGAUGAUGAUGAGGAUGAUGUUCCACUUCCAGGGUUUCGGUUUCAUCCUACUGAUGAAGAACUUGUAGGAUUUUAUCUUCGCCGGAAGGUUGAGAAGAGACCAAUCAGUAUCGAACUGAUCAAACAGAUUGAUAUCUACAAGUACGACCCAUGGGAUCUUCCAAAAGCUAGCAACGUGGGAGACAAAGAGUGGUAUUUCUUUUGCAAAAGAGGGAGAAAGUAUAGGAAUAGCAUAAGACCCAAUAGAGUCACAGGCUCUGGAUUCUGGAAAGCAACUGGUAUUGAUCGACCCAUAUACUCCGCUGGCGGAGAAGGCCUGCACUGUAUUGGACUCAAGAAGUCAUUGGUGUACUACCGUGGAAGUGCCGGAAAAGGCACCAAGACUGAUUGGAUGAUGCAUGAGUUUCGCCUUCCGGCUGAAAAUGACAAAACCAUCAAACACCUUGAUCCUAAGACCAUGACUCAAGAAGCUGAAGUCUGGACACUGUGUCGAAUUUUCAAGAGAAAUGUGACAUAUAGAAAGUGCCCACCAGAUUGGAGAGAGUUAUCGACUAAAAGUAAUCCAGUUGAUGCAAGCUCCAAAACAUCCAGUGUAGAAUCUGACGGACGGCAAGGUUACAUUAGUUUCAGUGCCCCGGUAGUACGACAGAGUGAGAGGAAACCCAUUGUUAAUCAUCAGUUUGAUGUUACUAAUCAAUUGCUUGUAGGAGAGUUGAGCUCGAUAUCUCAAGUUCCAUCAAGUACUGUGUCGUACUCGAGCUUUUAUAACCAGGGCGAAUUUUCAAGGCAUGGGGACUGGGAUGAGCUCAGAUCGAUUGUAGAGCUCGCUGCUGAUCCAUACUUGGUGUAAAAUUUUGUCUAGUACUAUAUACACUAAUGAUAGCAUAAAUUGAGAUCAUGUAUUGUAGACUGUGAUUGUAUUAAACAGUACUAUGAUCUCUCUGUGUGUGUCUCUCUCUCCAGGUUGAACCUAACAAUUACUGAUAUCUAUAGUGGCAUCAACAUACUAUAUGUUUUCUUUCAUCUGUUUGUGUUUUGUUUUGCUGUUUAUUGUAGGCAUGCCUAGUCUAUGGGUAUUGUUUUGUGUACUCUUAGGAGAAUGUUCUGCUUGUUAUUGUAUAAAAUCUUUAUU